CAAGUGCAGACAACUACACACUCCUUCUCUUUUACUUUCAUUAUUCAGGAUCCUUGGUCAUUAUGAGAAAUCUUACUCGCAUUGUUUUUGUCUUUUUUCUCGCUUAUUCCCUUGUCACAGCCUCCCAACACAAGCCUCUACGACAAUGUGAAGCAGGCCUCUGUCAGUGCGGAAGCUAUUGCCGUGCUAUCGAAAGGGAACAAACCUGCUGCCCUAGUAAAGACGGAUAUCCCGAGCAUCUAUGCGGUCCUAACAGAAAAUGCUGCGGCGUAGGCUGUUGUCGUGAGGGCUGGCAAUGCGGCCCCUAUGAUUUGUGCUAUCAGCCUGAUACUUGGACUUCAUCUUUGAGGCCUGAUCAUACCAGCACUAUAGUUACAGUCGUUCGACCCAAGCCUGAAUAUCCUACCACAGACAGAGAAAUCUCUGGGUCCUUGCCUACAGUAUCUUCUCACCAAACGGAGACAAUUGCCAUCUCAGUGUCAGAGACUCUGCCAGGCAGUCUCGCGCUUACUAGCCAGGAUGAAGCCGGGCAUACUGCACCAGUUACUGCCACCCAACCAAACGGCCAAGCGACGACUUUGCUUUCCACUGUCCAAGAGGGUGCAACUUCAAACCAUCUUCCAGUCAUGAGUGAGCCUGACAGCUCGGAGUCCAUCCAUGGAAGCCAACCGUCUACUCCAUCCAUUCCGAUUAUCUCAACCGUGUUCACCAGGCCAGAUGGCGAAGGAUCUACUGCAGUUCAUCCUACAGAGACUGGCUCCCAAUCCUCAAAGACCAACCCAAACCCGAAUGAGCAGUCAUCGGUCGCGUCUCCCGAUUCUGAAACCGAUUCUACUCGCUUCAUAGAUACUAGUUCACCCAGUACCAACAGCCCCGAGUCAUCCCAUCUCUCUACUGGGAGUACUGUGAUAAAGAGUGACUCUCGGGAGUCUGCCUUUCCCCCAGCCAGUACAGAUGCGUCUAUCACUGGUCUAGAUACUUUAUCUGAUGGCAGUCCUGGAGCAACUAUCCCAACUGGACUCGGGACAACCGGAGCUGGCAAUUCGGAAGAGACCAACCCCGCCACUGAGACUGUUGUACCUGAGCCAUCUGGUGUGAGCACCACCAGCACCGAACGACCCAGUGAAAGCCCGAACCUUUCUACAGAUAAGUCGUCAACAACCUCAAUCACAAGCGAUAUUGGAUCUCCUGCGUCUACCGCAAACUCGAAUGGGCCAGAUAUUUCCACCAUUUCACCUUCCACAGAACACCAUACUUCAUCCCGAGUUGAGACGAGCGUGUCAGAGUCAGAUACAGGUGCUACAACGGGAUCUGGGACCACCAGCACAAACCCCUCAAUCCCACCCACAUCAGUCUCAGAAACACAGGUCAAUGGGGUGACCAGCGCCACAUCUGUCGAACCGACGACUCCAUUGGGAGAACAAUCAACACGGGGCGAUGAUGCACCUUCCACUGAACCAGGACACAUUACAACUAGUCAUAGUGACAACGAGCAACCCUCGCCCUCGUCAACGAGUACUUACUUUGCUGUACCUGUAACAACAUCCGUCACUAAGCCUGAGACUCGGGAUGAUGGCUUCGCGAUACCUUGCAACAUGUGGUUCUUUAACGCAUGUAUUGGACCCAUAUCUGGAUGGGGGGUUUCUCUUCCACCUGGUACCUAUCCUCCUGGUCCCCCGCCAGCCAUUUCCGAUAACCCCAAAGGCGGCAUCGAGAUCAAUACGAACCAACCACUUCCAGACUGGCCCGGCUUCACUGUCGGCCCUGGAAAUACUCCGACAUUUUCAGAUGAGCCCACGGCCUGUGAGACCGAUUCGGCCGAGUUGUGUGUUACGAGCACAUCAUAUGCUGUUAGCAUUGAAGCUACAGUAACCACUACGUUCUCCAGCGGUGUAAUCUCCACUUGUGGCACUGUUUAUGGGUGCAAGGUUCGGGGCCACAGCCAGACAAUAACGGGAACCAAUGUAACUACGGCCACAUCGGGGAUCCCAACAUACAGGUCUCUUCGUGCAAUGGAAACCUGGGAUGACAUGGAAUUGAGCGAAGAACAACUUGAGAGUAUAGCCAACCACGUGCAGUCAGACCUUGACUCAAUGUUUGGCACUGCUACCAAGAGAGCAACAACGACGACUGGAGAUGCAUCUGAGCCUACAGAAUCAGUGUGGACUGGUACAUGUCCAGCCAAGACCGGACCGGCCCCAACAGUGGUUGAUGGGAAGUUCACCGAGAAUAUCGGAGAGAAGUGUCUCUGCGAGUGGAAUAGCGGGAUGAAGAGAGACAAAAAACUGCAGCCGUACACCCUCGAUCAACUGAGAGACGCUAUAAAAGAUUUCUGUAACGGUUCCCGGAAGCUUAGAAAGCCUGCACCCACGGGAAUUCCAGACUUUGCGGUGAAUCGAUUCCCAACAGAAGGCACGCACGGCAUAUUCAUCUCGGUCGGCUGGGGUACCCCUCCCCUCUGGAACUCCACGGAUGAGAGGUGCAAGGCCAAGAGUGACCUUUUCCUGGGGAAUAGCUGCAAAACUGCCUUGGAGAGAUUUGAAUGUCGGGGUGCAAAGAGAGAUGAUCUUUGGGGAGGGACUUACUACGAGGCGCUUGAUGAGGGAGGUUGUGUGAGAUGGACGCUCACACCUGUCUACUUGUCUGAUGGGGGGUCCACUGCACGGCGAAUGAGCGUCGAAAUGUAGGGCGGCAAUGCCUGUAGGAUGGAUCAUCUGCCUGACCGUGCGUUUUGGCAAGGAUUGAUUAAUCCACUUAACCUUUACCAGGUGUUGGCUGUUAGUUCUCUUUCGUAGUAAAGUUAGUCACGUGUAUUGAGGCAAUUCUAGUCCAAAGUCAGCAUGC